ACGUUUUCCAUUUUCAUUUUCACUCACAUUUACAUUCACAUUUUCCCUAGCGAUUUUAUAACUUUCAUGUAUACACUCUUGCUGUUUUUUUUCGUAGGGUAAUUUGAAAUAAAGUAAUGGGCGAUCACGUAGGUGCGGAUAAGGAUGAGGAUGCCGACGUUUUACCACGGUUUAAAGGCUUGCCAAAUAUAACCGAAGGUGUGGAGGAUAUCUAUGCUCAUUUGCAGCAGCGACAUGUUUAUCUAUAUCCAGAAAAUGGCACCCACAACCAUUGGGUGCAACCACAAAUUAUUGUUCUCUUCGCAACCGGAAAUUUAAAUCAAGUCGUUGAGGCGGUAAUCAAAGAUCUGAGGCAUCCAAUUGGCACCGGACUGGUGGCCAGCAUACUCGUGCAGGAGCCGCUGCGUAAGGCAUUAAUUCGAAAAAUAUCUGGACGCAUGGAAGUAAUGGAUGAGCGUAUAGCAAAGCAUCCAAAUUUUUUGAAUAGCCUCAAGAUUAUAGAUCGACUCAAUUGUAAAACUAUUUAUAUGGAAGAAUUUGAUCCAUCGGACAAGCUGAAGCUGUAUGGCAGAAAGCAGGCCAAUUCGCCAAUUGUAGCGUUAGAUUUUCCUCAAGUCUAUUUUGGCGAUAAGCCCACGGCCAUUAUAACGCUGAAUACCUUUCGGUCUCUCAACGAAGCGAUCAAACUUUGUCACCGAGAGGGUCUUGAUUUCGAUACGGUUUCGAUUUGGACCAACAAGCUAUCGGAGGGCUAUGAUAUGGUGUCUUCACUAUCAAAGUACCCCAAUUUCAGAUUCAAUUGUAUUAAUAUACCUUUCGAGGUCAAUACUAUGGUAACGGUCAAAAAAAGUUUCCAUUACGAAGUUCUGUCAACUGGUGGAGACCUAACGACUAUAGUGUUUCCUAUACAUAAUCAGUCCUCAUAGCCUAUAUAUUUCCUU